UGAGCGGCUUAUUAAUAAACGCUGGACGCCUGCACCUGCGCCAAGGACGCUCCUGCCACACCGCGGCAAACCGAGGGUCCUGCACCAAACUUACCGAGAGCAAGAAGCAUUUGAGUGUCCAGAAUGAAGACAACAAGAAUUCUCCCUCUUCUCUGAUAUCCAAGAUUUAAAAGGUCUGAGCACACACCAGGGUUGGAUGCAACCACAAAUUUGGCCAAAUGGGUCGUUGCCGUUACAACUUUAUAAUUCUUCAAACGGAAUGAUUCCUCCAUCACCACCCAUUUUUUAUGGUCGUGGAUUCUUCAUGCCAGAAUGCUUGAAUACAGUGCAGCCAAACUUGAUGCCUUUGGGAAUGACAUACCCACAACCAUCACCUGCACAACAAAGUAGUCAUUUUGUACCACAACCUCUAUAUCUGACCCCUGUUGGUGCCACAUAUGCCCCUGCUGUGUAUGGACAGCUCACCCACCCUCCAACUUUUGCGCAAGGUGCGCACCAGGGACACCAAGGAUUUCCUCCACAAUCUGCAAUGUUGAGUGGUGGUCAGACUGGCCCACCGGCUGCGCCGAUUGGAAACCUGGCGGCACAGCAAGGGCUGAUCCAGUCUCAGCCCCCUUUGAACUGGACCGCUGGUGCUUCAGCAGCUCACCAUGGAGUUCCUCCACAAUCUGCAACAUUGAGUGGUGGUCAGACUGGCCCACCGGCUGCGCCGAUUGGAAACCUGGCGGCACAGCAAGGGCUGCUCCAGUCUCAGCCCCCUUUGAACUUGACCGCUGGUGCUCCAGCAGCUCACCAUGGAGUUCCUCCACAAUCUGCAACAUUGAGUGGUGGUCAGACUGGCCCACCGGCUGCGCCGAUUGGAAACCUGGCGGCACAGCAAGGGCUGCUCCAGUCUCAGCCCCCUUUGAACUUGACCGCUGGUGCUCCAGCAGCUCACCAUGGAGUUCCUCCACAAUCUGCAACAUUGAGUGGUGGUCAGACUGGCCCACCGGCUGCGCCGAUUGGAAACCUGGCGGCACAGCAAGGGCUGCUCCAGUCUCAGCCCCCUUUGAACUUGACCGCUGGUGCUUCAGCAGCUCACCAUGGAGUUCCUCCACAAUCUGCAACAUUGAGUGGUGGUCAGACUGGCCCACCGGCUGCGCCGAUUGGAAACCUGGCGGCACAGCAAGGGCUGCUCCAGUCUCAGCCCCCUUUGAACUUGACCGCUGGUGCUCCAGCAGCUCACCAUGGAGUUCCUCCACAAUCUGCAACAUUGAGUGGUGGUCAGACUGGCCCACCGGCUGCGCCGAUUGGAAACCUGGCGGCACAGCAAGGGCUGCUCCAGUCUCAGCCCCCUUUGAACUUGACCGCUGGUGCUCCAGCAGCUCACCAUGGAGUUCCUCCACAAUCUGCAACAUUGAGUGGUGGUCAGACUGGCCCACCGGCUGCGCCGAUUGGAAACCUGGCGGCACAGCAAGGGCUGCUCCAGUCUCAGCCCCCUUUGAACUUGACCGCUGGUGCUCCAGCAGCUCACCAAGGAGUUCCUCCACAAUCUGCAUCGUUGAGUGGUCGUCCACUCAUGAUUGGCACCCAAGGUUUGUCUGGAAACAAGCAGCAGCAGCUUGCAGCCGCCCUUCCACCCGAUCCAAUAACUCAUGCAGGCCACAACUUCCACGUCGAUUUGACGAGGCCAAAAGACAGGAAUCCAAGGAAGCUUUUUCCGCCACUACCAAGGAAGCGCUUUCACCCAUUUGAGAGCCAACGAAGGGGAGAAUCAAAUCAAAGGAACGGUGAGGUCAGGAAAACGAGAAGCAGAGGCACAAUGUCUACACCAUCCUUCCGUCCAGAAUCAAAACUGGACGAGCUUUUCAGCCUAUCAAAUAAGAAAGAAAACACAGCUGUCAUCAUUCCUGUGCACUGCUCAGAUGGCCAUCCUAACGGAGCUUUAAAUCUUUUCUGCAAAAUUAAUCCUUCCUUCAGUAGUUUGGAUAUUCUUGAUGAUUUGCACAGCAGUGCACACCGAAAGCUGAUUCUUCCCGUUCGUAAAAUUUGCCUCCUGUUUUUAAGAAUUCCAUACAGCAGAGGGAAAAUUCUUGUUGAUGAACUGUUGGAUUGCUUGGAAAUAUGCUUCAAGGACAUUGACAAUAUCAAAGUACUUGAAGCAGCCAAGUGCUGUGGCAACGCGUGGCCACAAAUUAGUUCCAAAAUUAAAAAGCUGUGCACCGAAAAGAAAAUUGAUUACAUUUGGUACAAUUAAUUGAACUGCGUCUGUUAGCCGGUAACACUAUAGUAAGGUCCAGAGCCUGCUCGUCUGGUUAUUACAAAGUUUAGUCUUUUCUCGUGCUCAAUUUGCAAAGAUCUGCGCAUUUUUUAAAGGUAUCUUUCAGUAUCUUUGUGUAUUUUUAAUAUGUAGAAGGAGUACUAUUGAUGUUUAAUUGAAUAUCACAGUAUAAUAAUAAGCAAAACAAGAAUAGUACCAAGUGGUACUAAGGAAGUGCGAAGCAAAUUAAAUUAGCCGCUUGAAAUGAAUUAUUGGUUUUAAGCCUAUUGUGAAUUUUUGUUUAUUCAAAUAUAUUGCUGACUGUAUAAAGAUCA